AACGACAUUCACUCGCGUGUAAGAUACAGGUAGGUGCACAAUGACAAGCUAGGCAAUGUUCGACUGAAGCGUAAAUCGCAAAGAAUGUUGUUUAUUUACGCCUGUUAACGUACGUACUGAUGUGUGAAAAAAGCAAUGGUUAUUGCAAUAGAUAAACUAACAAAUGAAGAGAAAAAUCCAAAGCUAGGCCUAAAGAUACAUUAAAAUGUGUUGUAAAUACUGAUGAAAUUCGACGACAACAGAACCAUUAUUGUAGCUUGAUUCUUUUACAAAGAGAUCCUUUUUAUGCAUUUGUACAAGCUUUAGACAGAUGUUCAAUAAUGUUAAUCGUAGAAACUUCGUAUUUGUUGAAUUUGUUCUGAAUUAUGUCAUCCUAAGCGCACACAAGUGGACCGUGUCAACUGUUGCUUCUAUACGUGUUCUCCCCUAACGAAAGGUACCAAACCAGGGACGAGUAACUCAAUGGCUGACAUUAAAAUACGAUAUGUUAUUAUUAUACGCAUAUUGUACAAUACACAGACACCAUGCAACGUAGUACAUCACUACAUACACGUCCACAAUGUUUAAAGACCAUGAAAGGUAAAAAUGACAAUGUAUAUUAAAACUGUAACUUUCACGUGUACGAACACCGACAUAAACGCUUGCGCGAACACACACUGUAAACUUAAUCUCUCUCCCACACAUUCGCCUACAUAAUUACACACAUUCGCAAACGCGCACACAUAUGCACGGGUACACAAACAAACCAACUUGCAGAUAACAUGAGUCACAGUGUGCAUCACACUCGGCGCAGUUUGUGAUGUCUUGACAGUGAUUAGGGACAAGUAAGGUCUGAAUUUCUGGGAAUUAUUUUGUACUUUCGUUUCCUAAAAUUCUUGUUCUAAAAAUAAAGCGCUGUUACUGACAACACACCAGAUCAAUCCCGUCAACCGCUGCGUGCUGUCAACAACGCCACGGAACUACGUACAUGUCAGGAGCUUUAUUUAACAGUCACCUGAUUUGACAGGAAGAAAAAAACUCGCCUGUAAUCAGACAAGCACUCUUGCUCCGACAAGUUUCGAGAUAAGACAAGAGGUCAGGUGACGUGGACGUGGCUGGAGAUAACCGUCGGCCGCCAUUUUGGAAAGACUGUCGUGUACUUUGUGCGUCUUACCUUCACUGAUACACACAACGACGAUGGCAACGAGAAGUGAUGCUGAUGAUGCUACAUCCAUUUGCAGCAUUUGUCUGGAGCCGUACAAGGGACGUAAUCCUAAGCUUUUGCCCUGUUUUCACACACUUUGCCUCCCCUGUUUGAAAGACUUGGAACAGCACAGCCUGCAAGCUUUAUCCGACAGAAAAGGAAGUCAAGAUGACGACAGAGACAAUCCACCUUUGACCUUUCCAUGUCCUACGUGUAGAGCAGUUAUCACUGUUCCCCCUGGUGGCGUCAUCCAGUUCCAGACUAAUUUCUAUUUGAACGAUGACACACUCACCUGUCAGAUAUGCGAUCUAGGUAACGAGGCCACGUACAACUGUUCUGAGUGCAGCCAAAAUAUGUGCGAUCACUGCAAGCGGUACCACAACAAAUUUCUUCCCAGUCACAAGGUUGAACCUCUGACCUUUAGUUGCAAGGAUACAUCUCAAAUUAGCUUUGAGCCUGAAAAGGAGGGUACAAUCACACAACAACUCGCGGUGUUGGAGGCGGCGCUGGUGACGAUGAGGGAGGAGGAGGGCACGCUGGAGCGGGAGAGGCAGGCGGUGGCUGACGUCAUCAGCAGGCGGGCUAACGCUGCGAGGGCGCUAGUGACGCAGGCAGAGGAGAGAAGCCAGAAGGAACUGUCGGAAGUAGCUGAAAGGCUUAGAAUACAGAUACAAGAAGAGAUGGUAGCUACUCACAAUAUUCACGGUAAAAUAUUUACAUUGAUGUCGCAGGAACGCGGUACGGGUCAAGCAAAUCCAAUCAGCAGAAAGGUGCAGACGGUUCUUCUCAGUGAUGAAAAUUUACGGUUGGUUCAAGAGCGAUGCAGCAGUGGCCGACAAUCGAAGUUAAUUCAGUACCAGUACAACGACGUCGCCAUUGACAUGAAGAUCGUAGGAGACUACAUAGGUACGGUGUGUGAUGGUAAACAACCUGCAGGGGAGACCAGCAACGUGCAGGUGUCAGAGUCCGUCUGUGCAGAGUUACAGUCUUCAGAGCGGCAAUGGAAGACUAUGGCUGUUACACCGAAGCUGUCAGACACAACAAAACUAUCAUGUGAUAUUGGAGAAAGCGAGGACAUGUUGACACAUGAUACACCUUCACACUACUUAGAGAGAUACAAUAGUGCGAUGACAGAAUUGCGUAUUCUCAAGGAAGAGAUCUCUAAUCUUAAGAUGGAUGUGAGCAUUUUAAAAGAAACGGACUCCAUGGCUGAAAAAAAAAUGAGAAAUUUUGAAGAAAAGUUGGAGAACGUUAAAGAAGAGCUUUCAAGAACGGAAAAGGUAACGACCUCUAUAAAGCAAGAGACGGAAACAGUAAAGACCGUCAACUAUAAACUGCAAAAUGCCAUUGACAAUAUGAAGCUGGAGUAUUCAAUUAUUAAAAGAGAAACGAAUAAAGCCAAAGAAAACAUUAACGAUCUGGAGAUAGACCUUGAAAGUUUUAAAGAAAAAUCCAGUUCCAUGGUGGCAUUUGACGCCAGACUCCAUGUUGAUAUAACAGUUGACGAAGAUGAAACUGAUAUCUUCCUGAGAGACGUGAAUUGCAACGUGGGGGAAGCGUACAACAAGAACACAGGUAUUUUCAUCGCUCCUGUAACAGGUAUCUACUUCUUUAUGGCGAGAACAGUGAAAGUUAAAACACCAGACUUCUCGCUUGAUAUACAAGUGGAUGGAAAUCGAGUUGCUGAAUCAUUAUGGGAAAGUAGUCCGCGGAAAGCCAAUGGGAGCUGUGUUGUACACCUUGUACAAAAACUGAGUCAAGGACAAGAGGUCACACUGUCAACGUAUACAUCGUCAGAGGCCACAUUGCGAAGGAGGGAAACGUCCUUUUCUGGCAUGUUAGUGCGACCAGAGCUUGACAUUGAAUAGUCGUUAACGUUUUUUUUUCAGUAAGCCUGAAUAUAUUUUUUCCAACAAAACCGAUAUGUUGCCGCCAUGAUUGCCUCAUAGACUUAGCUGUCAUGGCCCUGUAUCGGUUACCGAUAUUGAAAAUGUAAUAUCAGUUAAAAGUCAAUUCACACUCAACCAACAUCGGUUUAAAAGCUGGAUUCAUAUUGAAGUUAACGUUUAAAAAAUGUAAUGUGUUGUUUCUUUUGGCCUAAUAGAAACCUUCGAUCUUGGUAGCACCAUUGCAAACUCGGCAGCCUGAUAGUAGAAGUACAAAUAUUUAUUUGCUUGAUUUUGUUAAACAUCUUUCCUAUUUCCCAUCAUCUCAGGAGCUGGCAUGAGAAAGCCUAUUAGAUAGAAUACUAGCUGAGAAAAUGAUUUUAAGUCCUAGCUUGAGUCUAUGACUAGAAGCCUUAGUUGCUAUCUCUAGGCAGCAAAUUAAUCGAGCAGGCUGGGUGAUUCGGGUUAAUCAUUUAAGUCUAGGAAAUGUCUUCACACGCUGUCAUAUCAUGUCUUUUUUAUGGCAUAGACUUAUUGUAUUUGAAACUUCUUCCCAUGAUAAAUAUUUCCUUUUAUGAUCUCCGUGUGUCAUGAUUAUCAGUUUUUUUUUUUUAUGAAGCUUUAAAACCCUCAGCCAAAUCCUCAUGUAAAAAGAUGACAUAUUGAUAAUAUUUCCCUUUAGUAUACCUUCAACUUUUUAUAUAAUCACUCACUGCAUGUUUGUAUAACUUCAGAACAUAGAUUCUCUGUAAAUGCAAAACCAUUCUUUAAUGAUAUCAAUAUAUGUUUACAGUGCAUUAAGUCUUUAAACUAAUUCUUGUACUAAUGGGUAUUUUGUAAAAAAAAAAUGUACUGUAGAUGUGGACUGAGAAAAACGAUUUUUGAAUCUUUUUGUUUAACAUUUUAUUUUGACCUUGAUUAGAGACUAUUAAAUUAUUAGUGUAGUUAAUUUAUAGCUGAACAACCUUAAGAAUGAUUUUUGAAGAAUUGAAUGUUUUGUUCAGUUUUUUUUUUGAAUGUUCUUGUCAUGGACUGGUGCACUGCACCAGGCUAAUUUAUUUUCAAGAGAGGUGGAAACUGGGGAAAAACUGUUGUGCUGGUUUCUUUCACGUUGGACCUUAAACCACACGGUAGAGAUGUUAAAGAGACUAAAAUGAAGUAAAUUUAACAAAUUGCCUUUUUUUGCAAAUAAAGGACUUGUGUUCUAAUUUUAAUUUAUGUUGUUAAUAACACUUAUUAUUUUAAUUGACAAUUUCUUUUGAAUUAUUGUAUUUCUUAAAUGAGAUUUGUGUUGGUAUUUUUAAUGUAGUGAAAAAGGAGCUGUAAAUUUCAAUCUGUGUGUGUGUGCACUUGCGCAUCUUUUGUCACAACAUGUAUUAGUUUUAGGAACAGAAUGAAAAGGAUUAUGAAUUAUGUAUCUUUCUUAAUUUAUAGCAUUUGAAUUUCAAGCCUUUUCUUCCACCAUACCAUAUGUUUUAAUAGCUUAGAAACAGAAGGAAUUAUACCAGUGUGUACAGGCUUUGCUAGGAGAGGGUUGUGCUUGCUGGUGUUUCCUUCAAUGCUUCGAAAAGCCGUAUAACUUUUUUAUGUUCAUCUUUAUUUCACAAUGAUGGUUGCAGCACUGUCGA